AUGUCGUCAAAAUUGCCAUCUGUGCUCAACGCGAGCGAGGAUGACAUAAAGCUCCUGCUGGCUGCGCAAUCACACAUUGGUAGCAAAAACUGUGACAAGCAGAUGUUGCCGUACGUCUGGAAGCGGAGGUCUGAUGGAAUCCACCUACUCAACAUCGGCAAGACCUGGGAAAAGCUUGUCUUCGCUGCUCGUAUCAUCGCAGCAAUUGAGAAUCCAAACGACGUCUGUAUCAUCUCUGCUCGCCCGUACGGGCACCGUGCUGUACUCAAGUACGCCGCAAAUACUGGCGCGCAAGCCAUCGCGGGCCGUUUCACGCCCGGGUCUUUCACCAAUUAUAUCACCCGUUCAUUCAAGGAGCCGCGUCUGAUUGUCGUUACGGACCCGCGUGUGGACCACCAGGCGAUCCGCGAGGCAUCAUACGUCAACAUCCCCGUCAUCGCGUUCUGCGACACCGAUGCGCCGCUGAAGUUCGUCGACGUUGUCAUUCCAACGAACAACAAGUCGCGUCACUCGAUCGGUCUGAUGUGGUGGCUCCUCGCGCGCGAAGUCCUUCGCCUCCGCGGCACGAUCCCCCGCACUCCCGAGGGUUGGAACGUCAUGGUGGACAUGUUCUUCUACCGCGAUCCCGAGGAGGUCGAGAAGCAGCAGCAGGAGGAGGCUCAGGCGAAGGCGGAGGCCGCUGCGGGCGCAGUUGCCGAGGCGCCUGUCAACGAGUGGGAAGCCACAUCUGCCCCCGCCGUGGGCGGCAUCAACCCUGCAUUGGCCGGCGAGGGCGGUGCUCUCGACUGGUCUACGGAGCCUACAGGUGCCGGUUCCACCGACUGGGCAGCAGACCCUCCCGCUGCUACUACUGGAGGUUGGGGAGCUGACGCUGCCGCUCCGACGGGCUGGGAUUAA